CCACUCGCUCUGCCCCAGAUCACGUUUGCCACCCACAGCCAACCACUCUUGUCCAAGUCCGCGGGCAAGAGGCGAUUGGGGACGAGCGAACUCGGCACCCCAGGCUCCGUCCGGUCUCUGCCGGCCCGAGGCGGAAUAUCCUGCCCUCCAGGCCACCUCCCCAUCGUGGAAUCAGAGCGGCGGCCUCUCAGGAAGGCAGAAGCGAAAUGUAGCGAGCCGGGUGUCGCGGUUGGACGCUUGCCUUGGCUGGGGGUGUAGCGGGGCACACGCGGGGUCUCGAGGAGGACGGCUGAGGGAAAGGAGUGAUGAGAACAGGGGGUACCCUGCACCCCCCGAUACCGCGGGCCCCUGCUGCUACUCUCCAGGCGUUCUUCCUCCCCAGCAAGACGCAGGUGUUCCACACAGACUCUUGUGACUUUAAGGACCAGGCAACUGAAAAAGCACAAGAUCUUCUCAAGAAGGGAAGAGAUCUCUGGGAGAGAAGGGAAAGACAGCAAAUACUGUCCUGGGACCAGCUGAGCCCAAGGGGUUGUGGGAAGCCAAAGGCAGCCAGCAAGAGUGGGAAGAAGCUGCAGCCUCAGGUUGAGCCUGUGUUCUGAACAAUCUGAACUCAUUCAGCUUUGCACAAAAGAGGGCUGCAGUAUCAGGCACUCCAGACUCAGGUGGAGCCCUUUUCUUUUGCAUGCCCCUGCCCUGAGGAGCUGGCCACUGAGAACCAAAGAUUGCCCCUCAGCAUAGCCAGAGCUUCUGGGGGCAUGCACCCACACCCCUAGUGGCAGCUGCUGCAUCUAGUGAAGAGUUUGUUAACUUCCAGCUCCAGGCUGCAUUGCUUGAUGGGGCUGCCUUUUGAUAGAUCAGUUUUUACAGUGUCCGGUAGGAGUGGAGAGCCGUGGGAAGAGGUCCUGCGGCACUCAAGCCUGGAUUCACCCCAAGACUAAGUUCUUUCCUGAGCUAAAAAUCGAAGAGAGAAAGAAAAAUAAAUUCUUCCCUCCUCUCCUCCCUGCCUGUCAUGUCCUCUAAGCCAGAGCCAAAGGACAUCCACCAGCCUAACGGUACUGGCCCUACUUCCUCUCCCUGCUCUUUGGAUGGCCCUGGGCGAGAGCCCUUGGCUGGGACCUCAGAGUUCCUGGGGCCUGAUGGGGCUGGGGUAGAGGUGGUAGUGACUGAGUCUCGAGCUAACGCCAAGGGAGUUCGGGAGGAGGACGCGCUGCUGGAGAAUGGGAGCCAGAGCAAUGAAAGUGACGAUGUCAGCACAGACCGCGGCCCUGCGCCACCCUCCCCGCUCAAAGAGACCUCCUUUUCCAUUGGACUGCAAGUGCUGUUCCCCUUCCUUCUGGCAGGCUUUGGGACCGUGGCAGCUGGCAUGGUGUUGGACAUUGUGCAGCACUGGGAGGUCUUCCAGAAGGUGACAGAGGUCUUCAUCCUGGUGCCUGCACUGCUGGGGCUCAAAGGGAACUUGGAAAUGACCCUAGCAUCAAGGCUAUCCACCGCAGCCAACAUUGGACAAAUGGACACACCUAAGGAGCUCUGGCGGAUGAUCACAGGGAAUAUGGCCCUUAUCCAGGUACAGGCCACAGUGGUAGGCUUCCUGGCAUCCAUCGCAGCCGUUGUCUUUGGCUGGAUCCCUGAUGGCCACUUUAGUAUCCCGCAUGCCUUCCUGCUAUGUGCCAGCAGCGUGGCUACAGCCUUCAUUGCCUCCUUGGUGCUGGGUAUGAUCAUGAUUGGAGUCAUCAUUGGGUCUCGAAAAAUUGGAAUCAACCCAGACAAUGUGGCCACGCCCAUCGCUGCUAGCCUGGGCGACCUCAUCACAUUGGCUCUCCUGUCUGGCAUCAGCUGGGGACUCUACCUAGAACUGAAGCACUGGCGAUACAUCUACCCCCUGGUGUGUGCCUUCUUUGUGGCCCUUCUGCCUGUCUGGGUAGUGCUGGCCCGAAGAAGCCCAGCCACAAGGGAAGUGUUGUAUUCCGGCUGGGAGCCUGUCAUUAUUGCCAUGGCCAUCAGCAGUGUGGGAGGCCUCAUCUUGGACAAGACUGUCUCAGACCCCAACUUUGCAGGAAUGGCUGUCUUCACACCUGUGAUUAAUGGUGUUGGGGGCAAUCUGGUGGCCGUGCAGGCCAGCCGCAUCUCCACCUUCCUCCACAUGAAUGGCAUGCCAGGGGAGAACUCCGAGCCAACUCCUCGCCGCUGCCCCAGUCCAUGCACCACCUUCUUCAGCCCUGAUGUGAAUUCACGCUCAGCCCGGGUCCUCUUCCUCCUUGUGGUCCCAGGACACCUGGUGUUCCUCUACACCAUCAGCUGUAUGCAGGGUGGGCAUACCACCCUUACACUCAUCUUCAUCAUCUUCUACAUGACAGCUGCACUGCUCCAGGUGCUGAUUCUCCUGUACAUCGCAGAUUGGAUGGUGCACUGGAUGUGGGGCCGGGGCCUGGACCCAGACAACUUCUCCAUCCCAUACUUGACUGCUCUGGGGGACCUUCUUGGCACUGGGCUCCUGGCACUCAGCUUCCAUGUCCUCUGGCUCAUUGGGGACAGAGACACAGACGUUGGGGACUAGCAUAGCCACUCAGCCUUUUCCCCACCCUUCUGCACUUUCUAUUUAGAUUUUUUUCUCCUCUUAUUUUCCUACCCAACCCUACACUACACUCCCACAGUCUUUCUGGGAUUUCACUUUGAUACAAAAUUCUCAUUAUUUUCAAUGGGAAUGUUUAUACAUUGAGCCAAGUUUGGAUAGUGAGAAUUCAGGAAGGACAGAUGGGCUGAAAUAAGCAGUAAAGGAAGACCUCUGAGACAAUCACCAAGUGCAAUUCCAUGGGGUGAGAGGGUGCCUCCAGGGCGGUAGAUUGGGACCUUGGCAUUCUGUCUGGCAUCUGGGGACCUUUGCAUUAGCUUUAGCAACCGCAGCCUUGGCCCUAAGGAGAAGCUCUUUAUAAAUGGGCUCUGGGUUGUUUUUGGUUUGGUUUCAGAGAGGGGGGAGGGAUAAUUAACACUCCCACAGCUGCAUGUACUUGUAUAGAAAUGGACCAACUUCAAAGCACUGAGCAGGUGAAAGUUGUUUCAGCUCCUAGUAGUCACAGCUCUGUUCUAGGCCAGAGUCAGGUGAACUGACAAUUCCAUCUGUGCACAUGUGCCUUGCCCGACUGCCUGACCCCACUUUGUAGCUGGAUGAGUGGUGGCCUGAUGCUCCUUGUAGAUCCACGUCACCCACAGGUUUCCAAAUGUCCACAUGCCCCCUGAGUCUAGAGAACCCAGUGUCUGCUCAGGCCUCCUCUCUAACUGUAUCUGAUCAUUCCCUUUCCCCAUAGCUUGCCAGACAGGCUUUUAAGAUUGGGGAUAGGUCAAGGAAAUGUGGCAAAUGACAUGAUGAUUGAUGGAACCUGGGGGUGUCUCACUGCUGUUUCUCAUGAGGACAUCACCACAUGAUUUGUCUUGGCCUCUGUCACUUCCUAAAAGCACUCAAUUCUGUCAUACCAGAGGUCGGUUGGCCUUUCUCUCGGCUCCUGCCCAUUCGCCAUUCGUUCACUCAUUCAGCAAAUCUUGGCCUCCCCAAGAUGAGCCUUUUUCCAUGGUGUGGCCUGCAAUAAUUCUUCACUGAGCAAUAGUUAUGGGGUGCCUACUGUGUUAGGUACAGUGCCAGACAUUGACUAGCCAGUGCUAAGAGGGUCACAUCUCUAACCUCACCUCAUUCCCUGCGUUACAGAGGCCAUGCACCCCUUUCAAUCUGGCGGUAAAGUCCCCUCAUUGUAGGUAUCUGUGCCUACUUCAAGGCAAGUUCUGCCUCAUUCCCUCUUUAGACCCUAACUCUGCAGUGAUUGCCAACCCCAUUACUCAAGCAGUUUCGUGUCCUAAAAUGCCCUCCCCUCACCUUCUCUACGCACUCAGAAGAGAAUUUAGAAUUAGCAAGAUGGACAUCAUUUGGCUGCUUCAGUAUCUGUUUUGUACAUGAUUAGAAGAAAACUGGAGCCCACUCCCCACACAUAGUUCCAAAUGGCUCAACAACUGGGGUGCAGGUGUUUUUCUAGCCUGUUUUGUCAAGAGCCCAUAAAUUCCUCCCCUGUGCAGCCUAAAAGAUCAGCCUCCAAGGAAAGGAUUAAACAAUGCCCUGUGUCUGCAAAUACUGUGCUGAGACCUACAGAGUCUCUUUUCUCACCCUCAUUUUCUCCCAUAUCAUCUGAAAUCAUAGAACCUUAGAACUGGAAGGAUUCCUAGAGGUUAUCUAGUUGCAGUUGUGUCAAGCAGAUUAAUACCAAUCUGAGCUUGUUUCUGCUCUGCCCUCUGGCCUAACUCCACCCAAAACACAGACUCUUGUACAGGCAACCAGACUCUGUGACUGUAGCCCCAGGGUCCCCAGCCACUUACCUUACCCUGAUUUCUGGAGUUGGAUCAGGUUGUCUGGAGACUGAAAAAGCAUCCCUCUUCCUUUGCCUAGAAAACAGAAAGGUAGGUACACCCAAGCUCGGCGCUUGUGAGCAGAGGAGGACUGUAGUGAGAGGCAAGUGACUUCAGUAGGAGACUUCACUUCUUCCCUCCCGGGUGCACCUAUUGCAUGUACUUUUGGCCUAACUGGAAGAAACAAAAUUGGUUUACUUUCAUAUCCUUCAAAAAUUACAGAACUGUGUCUUAAGAGAAUUAUUUAUAGUUACUAUAACUGAAUUGACAAAUGUCAACUUAACUGAUAAAUUAUAUUUGGUAAAAUAAAAUGGAAGUUUAUU